GGAUAUCUAGUCAGAAAUGAAUUACCAGCAAAUCCACUUGGAAGCAGACAUUCCUAAAACAAGCGCUGGCUCAUUCGGUGUAUCUUGAACAGAUGUUGCAGCAGCAGCUUGUCUCAGCACAGCCCUCAGCGCCCAUGGACUAUCUGGAGCCACCUGUUAAAGCAUUGUUGUAUUCAAAUGGUUGGUCCACUGGGUUCCUUUUGCACCUCGGUGAAAGCAGAACUAGCUCUUUAUAGUGGGAUGAGCUACGUGACCAGUAAUUACAGGACAGGAGCACGUUAUAAACCUGUUUAACGUAAAUGCAAAAAAAAAGAAAAAACCUUUAACAUAUAAGUUCUAUUGAAUGAAAAAUGCAUUUUAGUCUUUCCCAAAACUGAAAAUGGAAACUCUUAUUCAUAAUUGUCUUUGAUGUUAAUGUUACAGACUCAAUUAAAAAAAUUAUUUCAUAGCAUAUAAAUUUAUCCGUAGUAAUUUCUUUGUGUUCCAUUGUUAGUGAUGUAGUUUAGUAUUCCACAUAGCUCACUGACUGCAUUAUUUCUUCCACAGCAAAAUACACCUUUGCUCUGCUUUUUUCAUUAUUACAUUUUCUUAUUGAUAACACAAAUAUUGCAUCUGCAACAGUUCUUAACCUGUAGUCACCAUGAAUUUUGCCGUUCUCAGGCUGAAAGGAGGGCUUCAAUGUGCUAAACCUUUUCUGUUUCGCAUUCUACCUGUAAUGGUUAGUCUAAUACCUGUUAAUAUUAGUUCUUUCACACACUGUUAUACAAAUUGAUUCACUACUGAAAGCCCAAAAAAGUUGGAUUUAAGAUUCCAUUAUAACCUAUCUUUCAUGUCAGGGUUCAAUUUCAGAUGUUGGUGACUUAGAACAAUAGGGAACAGGUGCUAACUGUGUCUAUUUCAUAAACAUGUAGGCCUUCCAAAGACUGCUCAUAACCAUCCAGGUAUGUCAUAAAAUAAGCAUGGGAAUGCUGUCACCUUUAGCAGUCUUUGUGAGCAAAGGGGGAACAGAAAAUGAGGCUAUUGGCUCUGAAUAUCUCUAUAGUGAACAACUGAAAGAUGCACUCAUUUAGACAUAUUAAUAAAUCCUGUCUGGAAAUGCCUAAUUUAAACUACCAUUUAAUUUACCCUUUUCUGCUUUUCAUCUAAAAUGGAAUUUACAUUGUCUUCACAACAGCAAUAAAUUACAUUAAAUAUUUAGACAAUGAAUGAUGAGAACUAGUUAUGCAGAUCAUGGGAAAUACUAAAGUUGUUAAGUGUGCUUUCCAGUACUUUGCAAGUUUACAAACAUCUAGUAAGUUCAAUGUACCUUUCAUCGUGACUCAAUUGUGAGUUACGAGGAUAUUAAGUUUCUUUAUAUAAAAGCAUAUUCUGGAUUGAGUUGACUCGCUGAGAAUUAUGUAGAAAGCGUGGAUUUCCAAUAAACCUUUUGGAGACAGUUUUUUAUCAAAGGCUUUUAAGAAAGCAGGUCUCUUUCAAAAUGGAGAAAAAAACCUAGUGGUUAAAAAAAAGUGUAGAAAGUACUACCUUACAGUGAACAUACAGAUUGUCUGCUGUUUAACAGAGACUACUGAUGUGAAAGAAUGGGUUAAACAGAAAGGGACAAAAUUUACUCGUUAUAUGGACGUGUUAAGUGCAGUCCAAGGGGUGCAGAAGAGUUUUACUGGACUGAGUAAUAAAGCGGGAGGUAAGGAACAAUGUUAAUGAAGGCAAAGUGAUGCACAUCAUGGUCUUUAAUGUAGCAGUAACCACUCAGAGAAACGUUAGUAUCACUGUGAAUACAUCUAAUCAAUGCCUAAGAGCAAUCAGAAAGACCAAAUGUCCUGGUUUCAGCUGUGAUAGAGUUAAUUUUCUUUCUAGUAGUGUUGUGUUUCGGAUUCAGUAUGAGAAUAAUGUUGAUAGCACACUGAUGUUUUGGUUGUUGCUAAGUAGUGCUUACUCUAAGCAAAGGUCUUCUCAGUGCCAGUGAGGAGGUGCACAAAGAGCUGCAAGGGAGCAUAGCCAGGACAGCUGAUCUGAGCUGGCCAAAGAGAUAUCCCAUACCAUACAAAAUCAUGCCCAGUAUAUAAAUGGAGGGGGUUACUUGGAAGCGGGGCUGAUCGCGGCUCAGGGACGGGCUGGGUGUCGGUCAUCUGGGGGUAAGCAACUGUAUUGUGCAUCUCUUGGGUUUUAUCAAUCUCUCUCCCUCUCCUUUUAAUAUCAAUUAUUAUUAUAAGUGGUACUACUAGUAUCAUUAUUUUACUUAGUUUGGAUUGUUAAACAGUUCCUAUCACAGUCCCCAAAUUUUACUUUUUUCUCCCUGAUUCUCCUCCCCAUCCCUGUGCGAGUAGGGGGAGUAAGCAAGCAACUGUGUGGAACUUAAUUGCCAUCUGGGGUUAAGCCAUGACAAGCGCUGAUUGGUAAAAUUAAAGAAUGGGUUAAACAGUCUCUAAGUGUCAGUAGCUGCUCAGGGAGAUGUAUCACUGUGAAUGCAUCUGAUUGAUGCUUUAGAUGAAGGCUGCAGCAACGAAUCUUUAUGGCUGCUCAGAGGAAGGUCUAUCAGGUACUAUUAUAAUGACUUCAGUUCAACUUUAGACCCAUCAAAUCCCUGCAUUAUAGACUUAGAGAAUGUGUGUAGGCAUAAGAUUUAACUCAUGUUUCUGAGGUUUUUAUGCUCCUGCUGUGGCAACUGUCAGAGAUAUGGGAUAUUGGGUCAGACAGGUCUUGGAUCCAACUGAAUCAGUGCAGCAGUUCACAUAUUAAUUUUAUAUUUCCAGGAAAACAAAUUUUCCUGAUGGAGAAGUUACUAGAUACUUUUUAGUCAUAGUAAGACUAGUGAUAGACUAAGUUUAGGAUGUGAGAUUUGAGUUAUGGUCUGUAAUGACAGAGGUCUGGAAUUACUGACACAUAAUUUCUUUCCAACAAAGCGUGUACAACAAUUAUUGUCUUUGAAGACUUUAAUAUCUAUGUUAAACUCUCUGAAAUAACAACCCCCAAUUCCUGGACACCUUUGGGACCUAUACUCCAACUAUUAAUUUCCUGGGCUUAUUGAGAGUCAGAUGUGGCUCUAGGGAAUGUAAGAUAAUACCCUUUCCUGUUUGAUUCCGGUGGCAAUAAUGAGUUGAAUUAAAAAUUUCAGUCUUUAGGAAGGAGAGGGAUUCCACCAGAAAGCUGUUGGUACCUCCCAGUAUUAGAGUAUGUUUAGGUAACACCACCUUAAGUGCCUAUUGCAGUGAUUUAGCAAGAUUCUGUCUGUACUUCCCAACCAGAGUUUCUGGAGUGCUGACAUCUGUCCAUUUAUUUUUCUCCACAGUUACUGCAGAAAGAUUUUAUUCCUGUACAAACUGUGAUGCAGUUUUCUUCUUGAUGUUUCUUCUGUAAAACUGUCUCAAUGUGAUUAGUAAAAAAAACUUUACUCUUUCUAAAGCACAGGCUUUUAAACAAAAUCUGAUUAACAAUUUUAAAGUAAUGUAAUCUUUUUAACUGAUACAGUUCUUCUUAAGGAGAAGAUUUGCUUAGGAGUUAUCUGUUUACUCUUGCAGUAGUGUAAGAUGUAUUCCUGAGCCUAAAUCUAGACACAGUAACAAUCACUGUUUUCCUGAAUUCAGUAGAGAAUCCUCAACAUUAAUGCAGAAAUACGAAGAUCUUAUUACUUUUAGCUUUAAUCUUUGGCUUCCAGAGGAGUACAAAGAGCAUUAACUGCACAUCAGGACAUUAACUUCCACUUAGUGCACUGGCAGUUACCAUUUAGUGAACAGAAGUGUGCCACUGCCUCCUCCGGCCAUCCCAGUACGGUGUCCCAUUUUUCUUGGCUGUGACAAAAGCUGCUGCUUUGGAGGUGUGUUUACGAUGAGUACAAAUGCAGAGCGAAGGUUCACUAAUCUCAGGAAACGUCUGGAUCAGCUGGGCUAUCGGCAACCAUUGGGAGUGGAGAGUUUGCCCUUGGUGGAAAAGCUUUUUAGUGACUUAGUUCAUACAACUGAGAGCUUGCGCAGUGCAAAGUUAUCUGCUGGAAAAACUGAAAAAGAAUACAGCAAUUAUGAUACUGUUUUGGAACCUUAUAAAACAGAAAAUGCUAAACUUACCAGGGAAAAUAAUGAACUACAUUUAGAAAUAUUAAAACUGAAAGAGCGGUCUGAUCGUCAUGUUAAAGACUUGAAAGCCUCUUUAAGGAGGGCUGAACAUGGAACUUCUGACUUGAAAUUUCUGAAUAACCAGUAUAUACAUAAAAUUAAAAUGUUGGAAAAGGAGAACAAAGCCAAGACUGAAAAAAUUCAGCAGCUUCAGGAGAAGAAUCUGCAAGCAGUGGUGCAAACACCUGGAGGCAGAAAAAGAAGCAUUCCCUUCAGGCGUCAGCGCAUGCAGAUAGACCAGCUUGUCCCCCCAUCAGGCGUUAGUGCCUACCCAGUUCCUCAGCCAGAGGACCCUUAUAUUGCAGACCUCCUUCAAGUGGCUGAUAAUCGAAUUCAUGAACUUCAGUCAGAAGUAACAGAGCUACAAGAAAAACUGGAGAUAUCUGAAUGUGGAAUGAAAAAUUAUAGCAAACAAGUUGAGCUAAGAGACAAAGAAAUUGAGCGCCUUUUGCUGGCAUUGGAUGGUGGGCGUUCUCAUGAGGUUCUCUCUCUGGAAUCAAGAACUAAAAGUAAUGAGAAGCUUAUUGCCCACUUAAAUUUGCAGGAACUAACAAUGGUAUAUGUGCUUAUGAUAAGGAGUAGUCCUGUAGAUAUUCUCAUCAGAGAGUGGGAAAUCUUCCUCACUGAACUCAAAUGGUCCCCGCCUUUAUUCCAGCAAAGACUUGUUGAGUAUCUUCAGCAAAGAAACAAAGAACUUGAAAAUCGCAUUCAAGACCUCUUGGACACGAAACAAAAUGUGACUAGUGAGGUAGUGCAUUUAAGCAAUAAAAAUGAAGAACUGUGUCAAGAACUGAAUGAAAUAGAUCACUUGGCACAGCAGUUGGAAAGACACAAGGAAAUUGUGCUCGAGACUGCAGAUAAGGAAAUAGGAGAAGCAAAGAAAGAAAUUGAAAGAAAACACAGUGAAAUACAGGAUCUUCAAGAAACAAUAACAAAGCUUAAAUCAGAGUUGUGCUCAUGUCGUAGGGAGAACGAGAGACUGAAUGAAGAACUCUUUGGAAAAACAGGUGAUAAAGACAAUCUUGAGGUGGUGUUAAACCAGCUUCAACAAGAGAAGCAAAGGCUGACAGAAAAAACAGAGAACUUAGAAAUAAAAGAACGAGAACUUGUCCUAGAAAUAGAAAGAAUGAGAGUAGAAUAUGGUAUAGCCCUAGGAGACAAAUCUCCAUCUCGUCUAGAUGCAUUUGUGAAGACUUUAGAAGAUGACAGAGAUUAUUAUAAACGAGAAUUAGAAUAUCUUCAGAAAAUGAUAAGACGAAGGCCUAGCCCAAGCCGCAGGACUCCAGAGAAGGGCGAAGAGCUUAAAUUGAUCACCAGAGAAAGAGAUGAGCUACGGUCCAUGUUAGACAGAUUUGAAAAACACAUGAUAGAAAUUCAGUCCAAUGUCAGAUUAUUGACUGCAGAAAGAAAUAGAUUAAAUCUUCUUUAUGAGCAGUCUCAAAGUGAGUUGAACCGGAUGAGAAGAGAAGCAAAGCAUAGUUUAGUUUCUCAAAGUCACGUGGAAGAAGAAAGAGACAUUGCACUGACUGACUUUAGAAGACUAAUGGCAGAAAAAGAAAGCCUCAGAGAAAAAUUAAAGAUUCAGCAAGAAGCAGCAAACUUUGAAAAAUCAAAGAUGCAGCAUGAUAUUUCAGAACUGGAGAAUAACAUUCAAGGACUUGAGAUGGAAAAGUGUGAACUGAAGUCUACAGUCUCCAUUCUGAAAGAAAGAACAAACUAUUUGGAAAAUGAAUUAAAAUUGAAGUCCAGUAAACUUGCCCAGACUUCUGAUGAUUCUUCUCAAUUUAAAGCUGAGAUUUGCUCACUUCAGCUCUUAAAUGACCAGCUCCAGAGGUCUGUUGAAGAUUUACAGCGCCGCUUGUCCCUCAGAAAGGAUGAUCUGCAGUCAGCUCAGGAAGAAAUUGCAAUGCUAAAGGAGAAAAUAGAUAGGUUAAACCAGAGGAGCACUUCACAGGACGAAGCAGUCAAUGUGCUUAGAAGUACUAUUACUGUUUUGGAUAAAGAAAAGGACAGUCUUCAAGAAACCGUGGAUGAAAAAACAGAAAGAAUUGCAUGCUUAGAUGACAACUUAGCUAACAAGGAAAAAACAAUUACUCAUUUACGCCUAACUCUCUCUGAGCUGGAGUCCUCAACAGACCAGAUGAAGGACAUGCUGAGCAACAGAGACCGUGAGAUAUCGACCUUACAACGCCAGCUUGAUACGUCCCAAGUAGAGCUUGCAGAAAUGGGAAGAGUGAAGGAAAUGGCUCUGAAAGAAAACAGACGACUGCAAGAUGACCUAACUACAAUGGCCAGAGAAAACCAGGCUAUCAGUACUGAGCUUGAAGAUGCAAUACGUGAAAAAGAAGAAAUGAAAACCAGGGUUCAUAAUUAUAUAACUGAAGUUUCCAGAUUUGAGACCUUGAUGGCUUCGAAGGAACAAGAGAACCAAGAAUUGUUAGCGAAAUUCCAAAUGCUCCAUACGCAAGCUGAAGACUGGGAAAUGAAGGCUCAUCAAGCUGAAGGAGAAAGCAGCUCGAUACGACUUGAACUCCUUUCAGUAGACACAGAUCGGAGACAUCUUCGGGAGAGAGUAGAACUUCUGGAAAAAGAGAUUCAAGGGCAUAUUGUUGCACAUCAAGUAUAUGAAUCUCAGAUCUCCUCCAUUACGAAAAACAUGUCCAAAUUGGAAGAGGACCUUAAACGUGAAAAUCAGGAUAAGGCUGCUGUGUUAGCAGACCUGACUUCUGUGAGGGAGCUCUGUGUGAAACUUGAGUCUGGCAAAGAUCUUUUGUCUCGACAGUUGACAUCCAAAAGCAUGGAUUAUGAAAGGGUUCUAGGAGAAUUAGAAGAUAUAAAAUCAGAAGUAGAGUUGCUGAAAAAGCAGUUAUCCAGUGAGAGACUUACAGUUCAGAAUCUUGAAACGUUACUGGCUACUAGUAGAGACAAAGAAUUUCAGAACCAAUUAACAUCCCAAGAGAAAGAUACCGAAAUUCAAUUACUGAAAGACAAGCUAACACUUGCUGAGAGCAAACUAAGCAGCCAUAAUAGAGAGGUUUCCAUGCUUCGAAGUAAAGCUGCACAGCUGCAGACUGACUGUGAUGUUUUAAAAAGACAACUGACAACUGAGCGAUUUGAACGAGAACGUGCAAUUCAGGAAAUGCGCCGACACGGUCUCUCUACAUCAUCGUUACGCGCUUCGCCUCCUCUCAGUUCAACGUUCAGGUCUCCCUCACGUUCUCCUGAACGGAGCGUUGUAAGGACAACUGAGCAGGCAUCAGCUGAGAAAAAUGUGAGCUUCAAGGAAUAACCAGUACUUAAGCAACUGAAGCAUUACCUUGUUAUAAAGACUUUUUUUUUUUUUAAUUAUGAAGACUAUCUUGUAUUCUACCUCUGUUUUUUUCAAAUCAGUGAUUACCUUUGAAAUCUCUGAGAAAGGGUGAAAUAAUCAACUUUGCAAAAUUCUGCUUUCCCAACUGGCGGGGAUGUUUUUUGCUGGCUGUUUGACAGGUUUUGUAUCAAGCCUGACUAAGUUUUGUUACAACUUUGGAAACAUAAUAAUUAUAAGAAGGAAAUGAGUACUUGAUUUGACAAUCUCUUGUUUUUAUUUUACUGUUUUAUUUGUUUGCUUAUCUCAUGUGAUUGCAGAACUUCAUUCAUCUUAAUAUGAGCUAACAGAAUAACAUCCACAAUUGUCUUACAAGUGCUGAGCCAGUGUAUGUUUUAUACCCGUGAUGAAUUCCUAUAUUUAAGCUUCUAACAAGUGUUUUCUGUUUACAGAUCAUACUUCAUGGUAUUUAAAAGUAUUGAUUAUCUAUUUUGUGAAUGUAUUUUGUUUACUUUUUCUUAAUAAAAAUAU